CCUGCCAAACCAGAAUUAGCCGGUAUGGGAAUGAACAAGCGUGGAGAUUUGAAAUUGCACGGAUUGGAAGGAAGCUCAGGUUAGGUUCGGGCACCUCCAAACGCACCCCACCCCCUUUUUUUUAAAAGCCACAUGGACUGAGGUCUCGAUCUCCAAGCUCCCCAAGACGGAGCUGGCCGGGCAGCGAGAAGCAGAGGCGCCGGGAGCCCGCACUGCGCGCGGAGCCAGGCGGAGCGCCGAGCCGCGGGCGCAGGCAGCUCCGGGAUGAUCCGCGACAUCGCCACAAAUCUCUCCGCCCAACCGCUCCGGGGGCUCCGAGGAAGGCAGCGAGUUCGGAGAUCGGGGCCGGGAGCCGAGUGAGGCCGCCGCCCGGCGGGCUGUGGGCGAACAUCUUGGAAAAUGUAUACAAGUCAUGAGGACAUUGGGUAUGAUUUUGAAGAUGACCCCAAAGAUAAGAAGACACUUAAACCCCACCCAGAUAUUGAUGGCGGCUGGGCCUGGAUGAUGGUCUUGUCCUCUUUCUUUGUGCACAUCCUCAUCAUGGGCUCCCAGAUGGCCCUGGGCGUCCUCAACGUGGAGUGGCUUGAAGAAUUCCAUCAGAGCCGCGGCCUGACGGCGUGGGUCAGCUCCCUCAGCAUGGGUGUCACCUUGAUUGUGGGACCUUUCAUCGGCUUGUUCAUUAACACCUGUGGGUGCCGCCGGACGGCCAUCAUCGGAGGGCUCCUGAACUCGCUGGGCUGGGUGUUGAGUGCCUACGCCGUGAACGUGUAUUAUCUCUUUAUUACCUUUGGACUGGCAGCUGGCUUCGGCAGCGGGAUGGCCUACCUGCCGGCCGUGGUCAUGGUGGGCAGGUACUUUCAGAAGAGGCGCGCGCUCGCCCAGGGUCUCAGCACCACCGGGACCGGGUUCGGCACGUUCCUCAUGACGGUGCUGCUCAAGUACCUGUGCGCGGAGUACGGCUGGCGGAACGCCAUGUUCAUCCAGGGCGCCGUGUCCCUGAACCUGUGUGUGUGCGGGGCGCUCAUGAGGCCCCUCUCGCCUGGGAUGGACGGCGAUGAUCCGGAAGGGAAGGCGCCGCACCACGUCCUGCCGGCUCACUCCACCGAAUCGGUCAGGUCCAGUGGACAACUGGGGGACGCCGAGGAGAAGCGGGGAGGCCCUGGCACCGAGGACAGCUCCCUCGGGGACGCGCCCGCCCAGGCGUGCCAGGAGAAAGCCGCGCACAGAAAGGACAUGUGCGCCUUCCGGCUUCUGAAGACGGUGAGCCAGCUGACCAUGAGGGUCAGGAGGGGCUUCCGGGACUGGUACUCGGGCUAUUUUGGGACAGCCUCGCUCUUUACUAAUCGGAUGUUUGUCGCCUUUAUUUUCUGGGCUCUGUUUGCCUACAGCAGCUUCGUCAUCCCUUUCAUUCACCUCCCAGAAAUAGUCAACUUGUACAAUUUAUCAGAGCAAAACGAUGUGUUCCCCCUGACUUCAAUCAUAGCCAUAGUUCACAUCUUCGGGAAAGUGGUCCUGGGCGUUGUGGCCGACCUACCCUGCAUCAGUGUGUGGAAUGUCUUCCUGAUGGCCAACUUCACCCUGGUCCUCAGUAUUUUUAUUCUGCCCUUGAUGCACACCUACGCCGGCCUGGCAGUCAUCUGCGCCCUGAUAGGCUUUUCCAGCGGUUAUUUCUCCCUGAUGCCCGUGGUGACGGAAGACUUGGUGGGGAUUGAGCACCUGGCCAAUGCCUACGGUAUCAUCAUCUGUGCUAACGGCAUCUCCGCGUUGCUGGGACCGCCUUUUGCAGGGUGGAUCUACGACAUCACCCAAAAAUAUGACUUUUCCUUCUAUAUAAGCGGUUUACUCUACAUGGUAGGAAUCCUCUUUCUACUCAUUCAACCGUGUAUUCAAAUUGUAGAACAAUCCAGAAAAAAAUACAUGGAUGGCGCAAAUGUGUAGUGUCCUGUGAUGUUCCGUGUAAGGUUCCCUUGUCAUCCUCAUGCACACCUCACUUGGCUACUGUGAAGAGCCUGUGACAUGUCGUGGGAAAGCGUGUUGUCCCUAACUGGCACUGUUGUUUUAAAUGCCGUUGCCAUGGCUUCAUGUGAAAGCAGCGCUGCCUGUCCGUGUGGGGAGAGACGCUGUGGACCACGCACACCUUAGAGAUGCCAGUGUCCUGCAAAGACAGCCUAUUGAAUCACUGGUAGAAAUUCCCUUCUAAAAACUAUCUCAUCAUCCAUACUCGGACUAGGGUUUUAGAUAUAGCUUUUAAAACAGAGAAUGAAAGCUUCUCAACCUAGUUACUUCUUUGUAAGGUGAAAAUAAGGUGUCUAAGUGCUUCUGAAAAACUUAACAGUUAAAGGUUUCCCCUGUUUUUUGAAAGCGUUUUUCACUACUUUGCUUUUACGAAAGACCUGCAUUAGUUUUUGCUCACAGGAAAAAACUAGAGGAGGAUUUUUGCUUUUACAAAAAAAGGGGAACCUUGUUCAGCGUUUGUUUUGCUUCGAACGUUUGCAGAGGCAGCGCCAAGCUCCCUCCCAGGAACCACGCAGGCAUCUCAGCAUCAAGUCGCCAGGACUUUGGAUGGUGUCUAUGAGCAUCUGUGCUUGAUCUCAGUUUAUUUGCGCAUCCAUUAGCAAGAUGUGUCCGGAGGUCAUGGCUUCUUUGCUUUAUGCCAUUUCAAUUAAGGUUUCAUAGAAUGCUCUCUGCUUUCAGAUGGUGGAGGAAACCUGUAAAUGAAUUUUAAGCACAAGAAAAUGCUAGACUUCAAAAAGUAUUACAGGGAGCAAUCGCGCUACCAGUGUAAAACAAAGGCAGACCCUAAUUUCAAAGGCAGUGCAUUUAGUACAAUUAAAGAAACACAGUUUAUAUUUUUAUUAAAGAAUUCUGCAGCUAAGGCAUACAGUUUCUAAAUCUUACUCUAAAAAUAGCACUUGCCGUUACUCCUAAUGCAGUAUUAUAUAGUUAAGCUGAAUCUGAGACAAAUCUUAAUAAAUAAAUAAUAUAAAUAAUCUCCUUAGUGAAAGUCAUAUUUGUGCAUAUAACCAUUGAGUCAAGGGCUAAAAUUCAAGCACUUUUAUUCGUUUUAUUGGCCUCUUAGUUUAUCAGCAUGCUCUGGGGCCUAUAGAAAUUUUUUUCUGGGUUUCUCUUACCCAGUAAAUAAAGUAGAAAACUAAUUGCUGAUUGACAUGUAAAGCUGGUUGUUUAAACCAUUUGUAAAGCAUGUUACUAAUCCUAAAUAUAAGACUAUCAUGUUGUGAGGAUAAUAAACAAAAGGCCCUUGGUCCAAACGUCUGUGCACUUGACAUUGGAGUAGUGGUAACAAAUAGCCCUUCUUCAGUGCCUCUUGGUGUGCUCUGGACAAUUCAUUUGCCUGAGCUCAGCACAGUUUUUAAAAUAGUUCUCUUGAUUGAUUUCAUACAGAAGAUAACUAUGAUUCAUGACAUUGAAUAAUGCUCUUCCUUUAUCGGAGAUCUCUAUUUUUCUAAGCCAAACAUUUUUCAGACUACAAAAUGUUCUUCCGAGAAUCAUUUUGAAAUUUCUGGCUGCCUUACUUGUUUACACAUAUUUUAGAACUAUUUAAAUUUUCACUCACGAUUUGCUUAUCACACACACACAAAUAUUUUAAUAUCAUUGCCAGCGUCUCGGGUCAAAUUUAUCUAAAGUGAGUACAGACCAUUCUCAAUUAUCCUUGAUGAUUAGACAGGAGUGGUACUAGUAACUGGAGUCACCGAAUGUUACCCCAGCCUAAUUUUAGCCAGCUGUUUCAGUCUUUUACUCCACCAAACCCUUCAGAGCUGUUAACAAGUGAUUACAUGCACACAUUUCCUUUUUGUUUCAUCUCCAUUAUUUCCUGCUCUAAUGUCUAGUGGGAGGGGUUGUGUAAUGAAAGGGACCACCAAAAUAACAAUAAUAAUAAAAGGCAGCUAGUGGAAAGGAGGAACAAAAGCAUGGCUAAUAUACUCACAAUAUUACCGCCACUGAUUCAAGAAUUGCCUGUAAAUUAUGAUAGAUAAUAAAUUGCAUGUCAUACUCCAUUUGGUCCAACACGACCUGUUUGUUAUCGUGACAGCUUUGGUUGCUGUGGAAGGAUCCUGCUCUCUGUUUUUGAUAAAGGUAAUCUUCAAUGCUGACCCAGUGUUUUUUCUCUCUCAAUAUAUAUUUACCAUUAAUUUAGGAUGAUUCAAUUGAAAAUCAUGUUGUGGGUUUUAAAACUGAUGACAUUGCUUCCUUACUUUCAUUUACUGACACGAUCAAAUUAACAAGUUGUUGUUUAGUCGCUCAGUCGUGUCUGACUCCUUGUGACCCCAUGGACUGCAGCACACCAGGUUUCCCUGUCCUUCACGAUCUCCCUGAGUUUGCUCAAAUUCACGUCCAUUGUGUCGAUGAUGCCAUCCAACCAUCUCAUCCUCUGUCAUCCCUUCUCCUCUUGCCCUCAAUCUUUCCCAGCAUCAGGAUAUUUUCCAAUGAAUUGGCUCUUCACAUCAGGUGGCCAAAGUAUUGGAGCUUCAGCUUCAGCAUCAGCCCUUCCAAUAAAUGUUCAGGAUUGAUUUCCUUUAGGAUUGACUGAUUGAUCUCCUUGCAGUCCAGGGGACUCUCAAGAGUCUUCUCCAGGCAGAGUUACAUAUUUGGAAUGGUGCUAAAUAGCCAGUGUCAAUGUUUGCACUGUUAGUUGUGCAUCACAAAAUACAAACUUUUUAUCCGAUGGUCCAGCUUUGGUUAAAUAUCCAAGUUAGACCUUCUCAUGGUCAGUCCAUCCAGCUGUUUGUUGAUUUACUGUAUUUAUGGAAGUGAUGAUUUCUUCCAAAUCAAGUCCUUAUUUUACAAAAACAAAGUAAGUCUUACUUGCAAUAUUCAUGUUGCCAACAGAAAAAAAGAGAAUGCUUGUAAAGAAUUACAGCAAGUACAUUAAUAUAUCCUGUUUAAAAUAUUAUUUGCAGUUCUUUGAAGAUAUUAUAGUUGAUUGUAAUGUUAUAUGCUUUAUAGGUUUUCCCUCAUGUAUCCAAAUAAUUUUAUUUACAUAUAACUAAAUAAAUUUUGUCCACUUUAAA